ACUUCCGGCCGGCGGCGCCAUCCCUAUCCGGGGUCAGGCUCCGCUCCCUUCCUGUUAUUGCCGUGCGGGAGGCGGCUCUCGCGGGGAGCGGCGGGGCCGCCUAGCGCCGGGCCGGCGGCGCCGCUGCUUCCGCCCGCGCCCAGGGGACGCGGCCACCUGCGCGAGGGGGGCGCAGCGGCGGCGGCGGCGGCCGGUGGGGCGCCCGGGGAGCGGCGAGCGCCGCUGGGCGCUGCCCGGCGGGGCGGCGGCUGGGGCCGGCGGAGCCCGCGGCAGGGCCGCGCCCGUCGGGGCCCGGCGCGGCGGCGGAGGUUUGUUCAUACGAAUCACUACUUGAAAAUUUUCCAUUAUAAAGUUAUCAAAAGUCUAAAAAAAUGCCUCCACGGCCAUCAUCUGGUGAACUAUGGGGCAUCCACUUGAUGCCACCACGGAUCCUUGUGGAGUGUCUUCUACCAAAUGGAAUGAUAGUGACUCUAGAAUGCCUCCGUGAGGCCACAUUACUAACUAUUAAACAUGAACUCUUUAAAGAAGCAAGAAAAUACCCUCUCUAUCAGCUCCUUCAAGAUGAAUCGUCUUACAUUUUUGUAAGUGUUACCCAAGAAGCAGAAAGAGAAGAAUUUUUUGAUGAGACACGGAGACUUUGUGACCUGCGGCUCUUUCAACCUUUUCUAAAAGUCAUUGAACCAGUAGGUAACAGAGAAGAAAAGAUUCUUAAUAGAGAAAUAGGUUUUGCUAUCGGCAUGCCUGUCUGUGAAUUUGACAUGGUUAAGGAUCCGGAAGUACAAGAUUUCAGAAGAAAUAUUCUUAAUGUUUGUAAAGAAGCAGUGGAUCUUCGAGAUGCCAAUGCACCACAUAGUAGAGCAUUAUAUGUCUGUCCUCCAAAUGUAGAGUCUUCGCCUGAACUACCCAAACACAUAUACAAUAAGCUAGAUAAAGGGCAAAUUAUAGUGGUAAUAUGGGUAAUAGUCUCACCAAACAAUGAUAAGCAGAAAUACACCUUAAAAAUCAAUCAUGACUGUGUGCCUGAGCAAGUUAUCGCUGAAGCAAUUAGGAAGAAAACACGGAGUAUGUUGCUGUCAUCUGAACAACUGAAACUCUGUGUCUUGGAGUACCAGGGCAAGUAUAUUUUAAAAGUGUGCGGCUGUGAUGAGUACUUGCUAGAAAAAUACCCGCUGAGCCAGUAUAAGUACAUACGAAGCUGUAUAAUGCUUGGUCGCAUGCCUAAUCUGAUGCUGAUGGCUAAAGAGAGCCUAUAUACCCAGCUGCCACUGGAUACCUUUACAAUGCCAUCUUAUUCCAGGCGCAUUUCUACAGCUACACCCUAUAUGAAUGGAGAAGCUACAGCCAAAUCUCUCUGGUCUAUAAAUAGUGCUCUCAGAAUAAGAAUCCUCUGUGCAACCUAUGUAAAUGUGAACAUCCGAGACAUUGACAAGAUCUAUGUUCGAACAGGUAUCUACCAUGGAGGGGAGCCUUUGUGUGACAAUGUGAAUACUCAGAGAGUACCUUGUUCUAAUCCCAGAUGGAAUGAAUGGCUAUCGUAUGACAUGUACAUUCCUGAUCUUCCACGUGCUGCUCGACUCUGCCUUUCAAUCUGUUCUGUUAAAGGCAGGAAGGGUGCUAAAGAGGAACACUGUCCAUUGGCUUGGGGAAAUAUAAACAUGUUUGAUUACACAGACACUCUUGUGUCUGGGAAAAUGGCUUUGAAUCUUUGGGCAGUACCUCAUGGGCUAGAGGAUUUGUUGAAUCCUAUUGGUGUUACUGGAUCAAAUCCAAAUAAAGAAACUCCAUGUUUAGAGCUGGAAUUUGAUUGGUUUAGUAAUCCUGUAAAGUUCCCAGAUAUGACGGUGAUUGAAGAACAUGCCAAUUGGACUAUAUCACGUGAACUAGGGUUUAACUACAGCUAUGCAGGGCUGAGUAACAGAAUAGCUAGAGAUAAUGAAUUAAGAGAAAGUGACAAGGAGCAACUGCGUGCUAUAUGUACACGAGAUCCUCUGUCUGAAAUCACUGAGCAAGAGAAGGACUUUCUUUGGAGCCACAGACACUAUUGCGUAAAUACCCCGGAAAUUCUACCCAAAUUGCUUUUAUCUGUUAAAUGGAAUUCUAGAGAUGAAGUAGCCCAGAUGUACUGUUUGGUAAAAGAUUGGCCUCCAAUCAAGCCAGAGCAAGCAAUGGAGCUUUUGGACUGUAAUUAUCCAGAUCCAAUGGUGCGAGCCUUUGCAGUUCGGUGUCUAGAGAAGUACUUGACAGAUGACAAACUUUCACAAUAUUUAAUCCAGCUAGUACAGGUUCUGAAAUAUGAACAGUAUUUAGAUAAUCAGCUUGUGAGAUUUUUACUCAAGAAGGCACUGACCAAUCAAAGGAUAGGACACUUCUUCUUUUGGCAUUUAAAGUCUGAAAUGCACAAUAAAACUGUAAGUCAGAGGUUUGGUUUACUUCUGGAGUCCUAUUGUCGAGCGUGUGGAAUGUACCUAAAGCAUCUGAGCAGGCAGGUGGAGGCUAUGGAGAAGUUGAUUAACCUCACAGAUAUUCUCAAGCAGGAAAAAAAAGAUGAGACCCAGAAGGUGCAGAUGAAGUUUCUUGUUGAACAAAUGAGGCGACCAGAUUUUAUGGAUGCUUUACAAGGCUUUAUCUCUCCUCUUAAUCCUGCUCAUCAACUGGGAAAUCUUCGGCUGGAGGAGUGCAGGAUAAUGUCAUCUGCAAAAAGGCCCCUAUGGUUGAACUGGGAAAACCCAGAUAUUAUGUCUGAAUUGUUAUUUCAGAACAAUGAGAUAAUCUUUAAAAAUGGAGAUGACUUGCGUCAGGACAUGCUGACACUUCAGAUCAUUAGAAUUAUGGAAAACAUCUGGCAAAAUCAGGGUCUUGAUCUUCGGAUGUUGCCUUAUGGUUGUUUGUCUAUUGGUGACUGCGUGGGACUUAUCGAGGUAGUGAGGAGCUCUCAUACGAUCAUGCAGAUUCAGUGUAAAGGAGGCUUAAAGGGCGCAUUGCAGUUCAACAGCCAUACAUUACAUCAGUGGCUCAAGGACAAGAACAAAGGAGAAAUGUAUGAUGCAGCUAUUGACUUGUUUACACGUUCUUGUGCCGGCUACUGUGUUGCUACCUUUAUACUGGGCAUUGGUGAUCGCCACAAUAGUAACAUCAUGGUGAAAGAUGAUGGACAACUGUUUCACAUUGAUUUUGGGCACUUCCUCGACCACAAGAAGAAAAAAUUUGGUUAUAAAAGAGAACGUGUGCCAUUUGUCUUAACACAAGACUUUUUAAUAGUGAUUAGUAAAGGAGCCCAAGAAUGUACCAAAACAAGGGAGUUCGAAAGGUUUCAGGAGAUGUGUUAUAAGGCUUAUCUAGCAAUUCGGCAACACGCCAAUCUCUUCAUAAAUCUGUUCUCCAUGAUGCUUGGCUCCGGAAUGCCAGAACUGCAGUCUUUUGAUGAUAUUGCUUACAUUCGAAAGACUCUUGCAUUGGACAAAACUGAGCAGGAAGCUCUUGAGUACUUCAUGAAGCAAAUGAAUGAUGCUCACCAUGGUGGCUGGACAACAAAAAUGGACUGGAUCUUCCACACAAUAAAGCAACAUGCCUUGAACUGAAAUGAAAGCAAAGAAGACAAGAACUGAUAGCCCACUUUGGGGGUACUGCACUGUUAAAACCUGUUAGCAGCAAAGACUGGUUGCAUAGGAAUUGCACAAACCACGAAUGACAUUAGAAUUGACAGCAAGAAAAGAGUUGAACUGUUCAGACAAUUGUCGAAAAAUAAUGUAAAACAGGGUUUCAGAUAGCACUAAAAUUGUACACUUCAAAAUUAAGCUUUAGUAUGAUGUGUGACUUCAUAUUAUGCCUUAAGCCCAAAAAGGUAAACUUGGAAGAAUGUUUCCUUUUUUCAUUUGCUAGGAUAAAUUAGAAGGAAAAAGAAAAUAGUGCUAGCAUGAAAAAGAGUCCAUCAUAUAUUACCUUAGAUCUGGUACAACAGGUAAAGUCUAUGCUGGAUUGAGAAGAGUGGAAAGAGAACUCAAGUGACAGUGAAUAUUUUUUUUUUUUUUUAGAUGCAGCAUAGUUUAAAGGGAAGGAGUUUUAAGCUCAAAGAUCUAAAAAUAAUAAUGAGGGGACAGUGCCUUUUAAAUGUGCUUGGAGGCGUUAACAUAUAUGGGGUUUAGAUGACCCUUUGAUUUCUGGGUCUGUCAUCUGCACAGUUUCUGAAAGCAGUAGGAAAUAGGCCCAUUCAAUAUGGUGUUUCUUCUGCUCAGUAUUUCUAGGGGUGCAAUUCAUACCUUCACAAAGAAACUCUCGUCCCCAUCAUCCCAAAAAACUGACUAACCUGGAAACUGAACGGUCAGAAUUGGGUUUAGUGCAACAAAGAGUUGUAGUGUUCAUCUUAGGUUUGCUUUAAUCUAACUUGAACUGAAUAGAUUUUUUUCAUACAUGUUUUCCAGAGCCUAAAGAAAGGUGAGUUAUUAAAAUUAUUGAAAGAUUAUUUUUUUAUAAAGGCUAUUUAUAUAAUAGGAACUAUUAUUAAUAUAUAUUCUUUAUUUACAUUAUUUGUCCCAUAUUCACUCUCUUAAUUUUGCAGCCCAGUUCUAUCUGUCCAAGACUCCCGUUUCCAUUAAUGUCACUGAAGGUGACCAGAUAUACUCCUAGGACCAAAUUCAACCCUAGUGAAAGAGGACACAAGUACCACUGAAGUAGUGGGAGACAUACCCAUUGAUGCCGGAGGUGGCAUUGGCCUAAGCCUCUUCAAAAAAUUUUGGGCAAUACUCUUCACAUUACUGAAGUUAUAUGCUGGCUAUUCGAGGAACAUAUGUUUAAACCCUCAAUCUUUGGGUCCACCAUUUCUCCUCUUUCUUCCUCCUUUGGAAGUGGUUGUUUAAUCCAGUAACUAAUACAUCGGAAAUAGUUGUUUAGAUUUUCAAUAUGAUAAAUAAGCAGUUCAACAUAGGGCAAAUACGUUGGCUAGCUCACAGCAUGUGGAGUUACCUAACGUUUUAUAGCUUUGUCUGUUUUUUGUGUGUUUGUGUGUGUGUGUGCGUGUGUGUAUAAUAUAUACUUGUAAAUCUAGUUGUUGUCCUCUAACACAAUAUGAUGAGUGCAAUCAAUUAAAUUGGCACCACUUUUUGAAACUAUCCAGAGUACUGAGGAUUUCAGAUUGCCCUUAUGCACAACUUCAGGUAGGACUGUUUUCCUAAUUAUUAAACAGGUUUUUUUAAUUAGUGAAACCCAUGAUUCUGAGGGUGAUAUUUACCCCAACAUUUUAAACUUGCUAGAUCUGCAGCACUUGGAGUGAAUUCCAAAGGUCCAGAGCUUUUGGGGGCUCAGCUCGUUCACUUGCGAACACACACAGGUGCCACUUAGUAAGUGCAAUACCACAUGUAAUAUAAAAUAUGCUGACAGCUGGUGUUAGAUUAGCAUAUAAGUAUAUAAAUAAACUGUACAUUGUGCAGGCUGUACUGAUGAGGUAAUGACUGGUUGCCUUCAUUUAGCAAAAUGUAAUAUAUUAAAAAAAUGUGCAAUCAAUUACAUUAUGAAAGACUUAGGGGAUUGUAAAGCCAAGACUUUGGUCUUUCAAGACACUUUCAUAGUCAAGAUCCUGCAGUUAAUUACUGUACACACAGAUACUUGACAGUGUUGGGGGGGGGGGAAACCUGCUUUUGUGACAAUUACAAAAGUUCCAAGAAUAGUACGGGGAAUGUGAAGUUUUAUUUCCUUAGUUCUACUAAAUGUUUUGGAGUAGUCCAACAGACUUCCCGUUACUCUUUGUUGACUGUUACAUAUGCCUUUUUGCUCAUAUGAAUUUUUUUCAUUCCUGUUAACCUUGGUCAUAGUUCCUAGAACACAGUUACCCUUGUAUGUACUACUUUGCAGUCAACACACACCAAUGUUUUAGCUCUCUUAAAACAUGGCUUAGUUUCAGUUAGUUUAAAUUCUGUUUCGUUCAAAAUCUGAAACCCUGUUGGCUGUAAUUCUUUAACAGUAAAUUGUUACACAAAUGCCACAUUAAGUACUAUAUUAUCCUUAUUUACCUGGUAUUGAAACAAUGUUUUACUUUAUGUAAGAGACAGUCAGCCUUUUUCAAUCUGGACAGAAGGAUCCACUCAAAUUUACUGGAUCUUAUGAGCCCAACUUUUUUUGUACUGAGCCCUUUCCUAGCCAUUUAUUCUGUAAGUGGGGGUAUAAGUGUCUUUCAGUUCAAGCAUAUAGUGUUUUGCACCCUUUUUGCACAAACUGAAAGGUAUGAGGAAUCAGGCUCUGUUUCUAAAAGUUACUGCAACUAAGUGCUGUGCACAAGCUGUAGAAGAAAGGAAACUUCUUAAUGAUGUAGAUGCUACAUGAUUUGGGGUAAUUAUAGUGUUGAAAAAAAAGCAGUAUGAGAAUAUCAUGGGCUUUAAGCAACUGUUCUCACCAUAACCAAGAUGGGCAUUUGAAAAAAACAAUGUUUCAGCAGAAAAAAAUCCUUUUUUUCAGGAAAGGAAAGCCAAUGCAUUUAACCCUAAGUACAUUCUUCUGUUACACCAGUUCUGUGCUGAUGUAACUUCCCUGAAGACAGUGGAGUUACUUAGAUUGGUGUAAAUGAGAGGAUGUCAUCUCUUGGUUUCAGAAGUAAGAUCUGCUUGCAGACUGUGAAAGCACCUGUAACUGAGCUCUAGAGUUUUAUAGAGAUUGCUUGAAAUUUAAAUUUUUAAUAAUUUUUUUAAACUAUUGACACUUAAAGGAGAUUUGAAGAUACUCCCUUUAUUCUGAGAAUCAGCUGCACAAAACGCUAAGUUUAUUUUGAGUUUGAAUUGAAGCUGAAUACCUUCCUCCUGCAGAACUUGACAGGAGGCCAGAAGGAACAAGGAGCCCAGGACUGGGCCAUACAUUUUAUUACAAAGCCAUUAGGUAAUGGUGAUUUAGUGAAAUACAACUUUUAAAACAGUAACUUUUUCAACUGUGAAGCUAUGUUUGAUUUAAUGACGAAACAGGCUGCUGCUGAUUAGUUUUUCAGGAAAAUAUAUUCUUAGCUUUCCUAAAGGUGGCAGAAAAGGCGCCUGUAUUGACUUACAUAUGCACGCUUUUCUGUUCUGAAGGAGUGCAUUAGUAGUUUCUUCAUAGGCUAAACACACUUUCAAUAUAAUUUAAAAAAAAAAAAGCAUCUAAAUAAAACCAAAAUUGUUAGUAGUUUGGCAUCUUGUGGAAGAGAUAUAAGCCUGCAUAUUAAGGGCAAUAUAGAAAUUACCAAGCAUGUAGAAAACUUUGUGUGUGAUGACCCUGCUGUUGGUGUUUUGGAGUUGUUGGGUUUUUUUUUUAACUUUCCUUUUUAUGUAAAAUGUUAAAAGCCCUAUAGUGGUUAGUAGCCCAUGUUUGUUAACAAUUUGAAGGUAUUUUCUUUGCUUUGUCAUUUUAUAACUAGCAUGUUCCAGUGUUUAUGCUGAAUAAUUGUGAACUCCUCCUGUUCUGCAUGUCUGUACAGGUUGCAGACCUGGGCUGGACCCAUUCAAAAAACAAAAAUCAGAAAAGCCACUUGAAAUUAUUAUUUUGUUGAUGUCUUUGACAUCCUCACAAUACUUCAAUUUAAUGAAAAUGGUGUGUUACUACAGAGGAAAUUGUAAUUUGCUGCUUCUAAGAUUUUUUUUUCCUUAACUUCCAUGUUUCUUUCUUUUGUUUUAGUUUUACUUGAAUGGAAGAACCACCACACUUUUGUUUUUCUUUUUUUAAAAUAUUAUAUAGCUAUGGAAAUUGUGUUGCAGAUUGUUGAAUCCCAAUUUAAUUUUGCAAUACACCUUUCGUACAAAUAAUGAAUUUGUAUCUUUUUUUCAUGGUGAAACUUGUCUCAGUUUAGCUAAGGCUCUGUCUGUCCAAAAUGUUGUGUAGCUCACUACACCUGCAGUUGAUCAUCUGGAUUUUUUUACAUCUAUGUUAAUUGAAGAAGUCAACUGGAACCUGGAUAUAAAAGGUUUAUUUGGCCAGUGUACAAUAACCAAAUCUACAGCUGCUCAGAAAUUCUGAUUUUGCUUAUGCUGAUAUAACACUGACUUCAUUAGAAUUACUCUGAAUUUACAAUAGCAUAGGAAAUCAGAAUUAGACUACAUCUGUAUUAAAAGUCCCUGAUUGUUUAUUCAUAUGAUUCAGUAUAAAAGCUGUUCUCUUGAGAAGAUGAAUGUUUACUAGCUGCCCCAUUAAACACUUGACAAUUUAUUUUGAAAUCUUUAUUAACUGGCCUUUUCCGCUUUCUAAUUCAGGAUUGCUGUGAUCUUGUCUAUAGUUACUUUUGUUUUUAAGACUUUCAGGACUUCUCUUGCUUGCUAGAUUAAAGAAAGCUCUGUCCUCUUAAACUCUUUCAUAGUAUAAAGACUUGUGAAACCCCCACUCAGGAAGAGUAGUAGUUCUUAAUACAGUAUUUGCAGUACAGUAUUCUUUUUUGACUUCUGAGCUUUAUGGGACACACUUUUAAAAACGUGAGGUCUUCCUGUAUUAGCACUCCUAACUCAAAUCCAGAAUUGGAUCCCUCUGUCCCUAUUUCUUCCCUCGCCCCACCCCCAAAGGGACAUGCCUGUAGGAUAAAAACAACAUAAAAUACUUGUCAGAGAAGAUUAACGGAAGCAAUGCUCUGCCUGUACCUUGAAGUUAGCUUUGUUGUUGGUUUGUAUAAACGUGUCUUAAGUUUAAGUGUCCUUAUUGCCACAUCUGUAUGUGAUGCAAUAUUCAUUCAGCAUAAAGAAGGCCAAAAAUACACCAUUCUAUCUUCACUCCCUCUGAAAUUCUGGUGCUGAUUCCCCAGUAGGUAUAAGCUGGUUUAGGAACUGUUUUGUUCAGUGUAACUGUAUAAAUUUAGUUAGGAACCUGUUCCAGUAUUUGAAUUAACUAUGGUUAAGCCUGACCUAAUUCUAUUGCUCAAGUUAGAGAGCCUACAGUGGAGCAGAAGCUGUAUUUCCUAAGAAUCUUACAUCUGCUAUUGUUCAGUUAAUCCAUGAGGGCCAAAACAUGGAUGUUCAUAGCUGUAAUCUCAUUCUGCUUUGCUUUUUUGGUUUUAAGUAUAUUUAAUUUCUUUACUAAUAGUGUUGUAUUUCCUGAAUUAUCAGCUGUCCCAGAUUGUAGAAAGUUGUCUUACUGUUUCAUUUGUGGAGGGGAGAAGAAGGGAGGAAUAGAUGAGUUCUCUUGCCUUACAGCCACUGUGGUCCAAAUCUGUCAUGUUUUGUUGUGAAGAUAAAUGUAUAAUUCAUCUUUUAGGUGUAUCAUCCUUUUCCCUUUCCCCCUCCCACUCCUGCAAGUUUUAAAUGUGAGUAUUCAAUAUACACUAUCAAAAUCCACUUGCAUUCUAAGAAAUUCAGCAUAUGAUAAUGGUAGACAGAAGGAUUCUAAAAAUAAUGUAGGGCUGCAGUCCAUUUUCCCAGAUUCUCAUGCUUGAAGUUUUGAACAUAUUUCUGUCAUUGCAACUGGCACCACAAUUGCAAGAAUUUUCACACAAUCUCAGAAUCAUUGAGGUUGGAAAGCACCUCUGGAGAUCAGCUGGUCCAACCUCCCUGCUCAAAGCAGCAUCAACUACAGCAGGUUUCUUAGGGCCAAGUCUAGUCAAGUUUUGACUUAUCUCUGGAAAGGAGAGUUCACAACUGCUCUGGGCAGCCUGUUCCAAUGUUUGACCACACAUUAAAAAAAAUUUUUUUUCUUAAUAUUUGAAUAGAAUUUCCUCUAUUUCAUUUCCUCUUGUCCUUCCACUGGGCACCACUGAGAAGAGUCUUGUUCUGUUGUCUUUGCUCCCCACCAUCAGGUGUUCAUACACAAUGAUAAAUUCCCUCUGAGCCUUCUCUUCUCCCAGCUGAACAGUCAUGGCUUUCUCAGCCUCUCCUCAUGUGUCAGAUGCUUCAGUUCCUUAAUCAUCUUUGUGGCCCUUCACUGGACUUGCUCCAGUAUGUCCAUGUCUCUCUUGUACUGGGAAGCCCAGAACUGGACCUGUCACUCCAGAUGGGUCUCACUAGUGCUGAGGAGAGGGGAAGGAUCACCUCCCUUGACCUGUUGGUUGACGCUCUUCCUAAUGCAGCCCAGGAUGCACUUGGCAUUUUGGAUAAAUAGAGCCCAGGAGGCUACCUUCUCUUGAUGCCUCUAUGUUACUUUGUUGAAGCUAGUGGUAGUUAUGUGUCUGCAUCAAGAAGGGAGUAAAUGCCCACAAGUACCUGAAACAUCUUUUUAAAAAUGAGACAAUUACCUUGAGAUAACCACUAACUAGAGGGGGGGAAAUGUUGCCAUGUUUAGUUUGUGUCACUCUAUGAUAAAGUUCCUGUGGUAUAAUAGUUAGAAAGCAAGACAUUUUUAGUAAUAAUGGGCCAAAAAAGUAUUUAAGAUACAGCAAGAUGCAUGUGUUGUCGUAUUGAGUAUAGUCUUGCAGUAUCCUUUAAAAAAAGAAAAAAAAAAAAGAAAUAAACUGUGUAUCUUCUUUCCCUUCAGCUAUGCUAUUCAAAUAACAAGAAAAGUUUGGCCUAUAUCCUAUGACACUUUUUGUAGUUCAUGUUCAUCAAACUGUAAAAAGUCUGCUUUUUAUUUAACUUUGCAGUCUGUAUCACAUGCUGUUUAUUAAAGAACUACUUUUGUUUGUUUUUAUCACA